GCGCCAUGGGCCCGGCCCGCCGCAGGGCCGCGCUCCGCCUGCGCGGCGGCGGGUCCCCGCCGAUCCUGGGCCUCCUGCCCGGCAAGUUCUCCAUCUUCCAGCUCUUCUUCGCGGCGCUGCUCCUGGGCUUCGUCUCGCUGCUCUGGCUCCAGCUCAGCUGCUCGGGCGAGGCGGCUGGUACCGGCACCGGCACCGGCACCGGGAGGGCGCCCCGGCAGCCCUGCCCGCCGCAGCCCCCCGCGCCGCCGGCCGACGACCCGGCCUGGGGCCCCCACCGCCUGGCCCUGCUCGUCCCCUUCCGCGAGCGCUUCGAGGAGCUGCUGGCUUUCGUGCCCUACAUGCACCGCUUCCUCAGCAAGAAGAGGAUCCGCCACCGCAUCUUCGUGCUCAACCAGGUGGACCACUUCAGAUUUAACAGAGCAUCUCUGAUCAAUGUGGGCUUUCUGGAGAGUGGCAACGACACUGACUACAUUGCGAUGCACGACGUUGAUCUCUUGCCCCUCAACGAGCAGCUGGACUAUGGCUUCCCGGAGGAAGGGCCCUUCCAUGUCGCGUCCCCAGAGCUGCAUCCGCUGUACCACUAUAAAACCUACGUGGGUGGCAUCCUGCUGCUCACCAAGCAGCACUACGAGAUGUGCAACGGCAUGUCCAACCGCUUUUGGGGCUGGGGACGGGAAGAUGAUGAGUUCUAUCGCCGCAUCAGAGGAGCUGGUCUCCAGGUUCGCCGUCCCUCUGGAAUCACAACUGGAUAUGAGACUUUCCAGCAUCUGCAUGACCCAGCCUGGAGGAAGAGAGACCAGAAGCGCAUUGCUGCACAGAAGCAGGAGCAGUUUAAGGUGGAUCGGGAUGGAGGUCUGAACAAUGUGAGGUACCGAAUUGAGUCACGGACAGCUCUGAGCGUGGCAGGAGCCCCCUGCACUGUUCUCAAUAUAUUACUGGACUGUGACACAAGCGAGACUCCUUGGUGCACGUUUGGCUGAGCAGCCUGCCCUGUGUGCCAGUCACAUGCACUGUGCUUGUGCUGAGACGCCAGGGCUGCCGCCAAGCAGCUUGACGCAGGCAGGAUUGUUGCAGUAGGCAAGCACAGAGGUGCUGGCAAGACGCAGAGGAACCGAAAGGGCUGAGAACCAAUCCUUGAUGGGACCGAGAGAACAGGCUGAGAGUGGGACUCCGUGGCAUUGCUGCGAACAGUGGUGCUGCCUCCUGGGGUGGGAGCAGGAGGCUGUUUCCCUGCACUGGACAAGGCUGAGCUGCCACCCAGCUCCGAGGACAAUAAAGAACUAUCAGGGCACCUGUGAGUUGUGAAUGCCCUGGGACAUGGUG